AUGAAUCCGUCACCGGUCGUCCUUCCCGAUGAUCUCAUUGCCGAAUUACUUUCCUUUCUUUCCGUCAAAUAUCUUCUUCAAUUUAAGUGUGUCAGUAAAUCUUGGAAAACUCUCAUCUCUGAUUCCGCCUUCGUCAAAUUGCACCUCAAGAGAUCAGCAACACAAAAUCCCAUGUUCAUACUAGUCACGCAUCAUACGAAGACUAUUCGCAAAAGGCCUCCCUACGCUAGUCACGAUACAUUUGAACAUGAUUACAGUGUUGUUCCAUAUCCUAUUUGUAGUUUACUCAAUACCACCUCAUUCACCGUUAUGGAAGAUCCUUACUAUUAUGUGAAAAACAAAGGAUGUUCUAAUGUAGUUGGUUCCUGUAAUGGACUGAUUCUUUUGGCUGGUCAUUCCUUCACCCGUCCCGAUAGAGAGUCCUGGUUUCGUUUGUGGAAUCCAGCCACCAAGACAAUAUCUAAAAAAUUUGGAUAUUUUUGUGAUUUUACAAAUCAACCUUUCGGCUUUGUGUUUGGUUUUGAUGAUUCAACAAGCACUUAUAAAGUGGUGGCAUCCCGUUACAUUAGUGAUCAACUGGAAACCGAGGUGAAAAUACUUAGUUUCGGUGAUGAUGUAUGGAGAAACAUUGAAAGUUUUCCAGUUGCUCCUCUUCAUUUGGACUAUCAUGAAUAUAACCCUAGUUAUGGUGAGUAUAGUCGUGUGUAUUUGAGUGGUGCUCUUAACUGGUUGGCUAUUCACGACAACAUUGACCAUAAUAGUCAUUUCAUUAAGAAUAUUGCUGUUGUAUGUUUUGUUAUUGUUUCCCUUGAUUUGAGGACUGAGAUGUACAAACAGUAUGUUGUGCCCUAUGGUUUUGACGAAGUGCCGCCUACAGAACCAACCAUUGGUGUUUUAGGGGGCUGCCUUUGUUUUUCUUAUUCUUUUAAGGAAACGGAUUUUGUUAUAUGGCAAAUGAAGAAAUUUGGGGUUGAAGAUUCUUGGACUCAAUUUGUUAAAAUUAGUUAUUACAACCUUCAAAUUGAUUAUGACUAUAGUGACGAAACUACAAAGUAUAAAUUUCAAUUGAUACCUUUGCUUCUUUUGGAAGAUGAUGAUACAAUUAUGCUUAGAAGCACUCAAGAACCUCAAGCAAUUCUCUAUAAUUGGAGAGAUAAUAGAGUAAAGCGGAUAAAAGUUAAUGUAAGUAGAAAAAGAUAUUAUUUAUUGUCCGAUUCUGUCCAAGAUUAUGUUGAAAGCCUAGUUCCAAUUUAUUAA